CUCCUGCACUACCACCAAUCUCCGUAGUCGGUCCAAUUAUCACUUGAUCUUCAAUAAGAGAGAGGGAGAGAUCUUGCUAAGUGCUAGCUACCUUUCCUUUUGCAGAAGUUGAUUCUUCUGUCACAGGAUUUGUUUUAAAGGAAUGGGGAGCCUAAACUCAUGCAACCCUGACUUCAUGGCUGAAGGGUUCCAGCCCUUACAGGCAGAAGUGUUCAGGAAACAAGCUCAUAUCAUGGUAGACUUCAUAGCCGACUACUACAAGGACAUCGAGAAGUAUCCCGUCCGCAGUGUCGUCAAGCCAGGAUAUCUCCUGCAAGCCCUUCCGGCCUCGGCGCCAUACCACUCGGAGCCACUAGACGACAUACUUGAUGACGUUCAGAGGCUAAUCAUGCCGGGAAUCACACACUGGCUCAGCCCCAACUUCUUUGCGUAUUUCCCAGCCACGUACAGCACCGCCGGCUUCCUCGGCGAGAUGUUGUCUUCCUCCUUCAAUGUCGUUGGCUUCAACUGGCUAUCGUCGCCGGCGGCCACUGAGCUCGAGACGGUGGUCAUGGACUGGCUUGCCCGCCUCCUUAAGCUGCCUUCAUCUUUCAUGUUCGCCAGUGGCAACGGCGGCGGCGGUGUCAUCCAUGGCACCACCAGUGAGGCCAUGUUGUGUACAGUCGUUGCUGCAAGGGAGCGUGCGCUCAACAGGAUCGGUGGCGCCAAUGGCGGCCGUCUGGUCGUGUACGCCUCCGAUCAGACCCACUCCACAUUCGCCAAGGCAUGUAAGCUUGCUGGGAUUGCACCAACCAACAUCCGGGCACUGCCAACGUCAGUCAGCCAUGACUUUGCGCUCUCACCUAGCUUGGUCCGAGCAGCCAUGCAAGCAGACGUAGCAGCAGGGCUGGUGCCACUGUAUCUUUGCGCGACAGUGGGGACGACGUCCUCGAAUGCCGUGGACUCCGUCCAGCAGCUCGGCCAGGUUGCCGCCGAGUUCGGAGCUUGGCUCCAUGUCGAUGCGGCCUACGCAGGCAGCGCCUGCAUUUGCCCCGAGUUCAGGCCUUACCUCGACGGGGUUGAGCUAGCCGACUCGCUCAGCAUGAGCCCACACAAGUGGCUGCUAUCGGGUCUAGACUGCUGCUGCCUAUGGGUCCGUGACUCGAGCGCCCUAACUCGAGCGCUGUCCACCAACCCGGAGUACCUCCGGAACGACGCGAGCGAGUCGAAGGAGGUGAUCGACUACAAGGACUGGCAGCUCGGAACGGGGCGGAAGUUUCGGGCGCUCCGCCUGUGGAUGGUGCUGCGGAGCUACGGGGUGGCGCGGCUGCAGUCGCACAUACGCAGCGACGUGAGGCUGGCGAAGCGGUUCGAAGGUCUGGUGGAAGCGGACGAGCGGUUCGAGAUCGUAACGCCGAGACGGUUCGCGCUGGUGUGCUUCAGGAUGAAGGUGGAGGCGGGACGUGACGGGGCGGAAGCGAACCGGGAGCUGAUGGAGGCUGUGAACCGGACCGGGAAGGCGUACAUGACUCACACGGUGGUGGGCGGCGGCUACGUGCUCCGGUUCGCGGUGGGCGCGUCGUUGACGGAGGAGCGGCACGUGGAUGGUGCGUGGUCGCUGGUUCAGGAGAAGGCCAAGGAGUUGAUGAGUCGUGCAGGACUCGAUUGUGGUGGAGAGUGAAGGUUGAAUGGCUGUUGCAUUACGUUUGGACCAAAGGUUGAGCAAAAAGUCUCGAGAAAUAAAGUCAAAGUUUGAUUUUCGUUUCCAUUUUUUCGUGGGGAAAAAAUUGUUUUGUCUUCUUUUCCUUGUCAUGCUGCAAAGUCACCAACUUUCAUGAAAGCUCAUAACAAACACGGAGCGUCAGGAAGUCUGAAAGCUGUGCAUCUGUUCGCGGUUUGUCGGUAUGUUCAGCCAGUCCUUCCCCCACCCUCAAUUGAUGAUCUGUCAAUGGAAAUAAAGGCCUCUGCGGUGGAUCUACCGACACGCAUGUACUAACAAUUUAUGGCAGUUUAACAGCUGUUUAUAAUUUUUCUGAAACAUUUUUUAAAUUCU